UUUGCCGUGCCAAACGGGAGAGGGGAAGGGGGCUGGCUGGGCGCACUGUCUGCUCCCUGUGAGCUUUCCUCUGUGAGCAGUUGCCUCGAAUAGUUCAAAGAUGGCGACACGGGAGAAACCUUCCGGCGUCGUCACAAACUUUGUUUUAGCUUUGUCUGUGCAAAUAUUGACUUUAUAUUUGUUCACUGCACAAGGCCAGGUGCUAACACCGCCGUACUUCAACCUGGCACAAGGUAGCACCAUUAUUGCCACAGCAACAUGCGGAGUGGACGUUUCGAGACCAGAACUGUUCUGUCGUCUGACAGGUGCAACAGGCGAGAGACAAGAGGAUAGAGUGGAAGUGAUUCAGGGUCAGUCUUGCGACUACUGCAACCCCAACCUCAGCGACCAGGACCACCGACCGGAGUAUGCAAUUGAUGGGACGGAGCGCUGGUGGCAAAGUCCCCCUUUGUCUCGAGGCAUGCAGUUCAACGAGGUGAACCUCACCAUCCCGCUCGGACAGGAAUUCCAUGUUGCCUAUGUCUUUAUUCGGAUGGCAAACUCUCCUCGACCAGGAGUAUGGGUAUUGGAAAGAUCAACUGAUUUUGGCAAGACCUGGCAGCCAUGGCAGUACUUUGCUGACACACCAAGUGACUGCUACCGAUUCUUUAAUACCAGGGCAGAUGAACCACUUUUACGGGAUGACCAGGUUCUAUGCACCACAGAGUUUUCAAAGGUGGUUCCUCUAGAGGGUGGAGAGAUUGUUGUUUCCCUUGUGAAUGGACGCCCGAGUGCCCAGAACUUCUCCAAUGUGGAUGCUCUUCAGCAGUGGACAAAAGCCACAGAUGUGCAGCUUCGUAUGCUGCGAACAAAGACUCUCCUUGGUCAUCUAAUGGCAGUUGAGCGCCAGGACCCAACUGUCACUCGAAGGUAUUACUACAGCAUCAAAGAUAUCUCCAUCGGAGGGCGCUGUGUGUGCAAUGGCCAUGCCAACUCAUGUGACCGCCCUCCUGAAGCACAGAGUACAAAGUUGUUGUGUUACUGUGAACACAACACCUGUGGUGAGCAGUGUGAAACUUGCUGCCCUGGUUUUGUCCAGAAGCGCUGGAGGCGAGCAAGGGUCAAUGAUCCUUUUGAAUGUGAACCUUGCCAGUGCUAUGGCCAUGCCUCUGAUUGUAUCUUUGAUGAGGAGGUAGAACGACAAAGACGAAGUAUUGAUAUUCAUGGUGUCUUUGAAGGUGGUGGUGUUUGCCAGAAUUGUCAGCACAAUACCACAGGCAUCAACUGUGAGAAAUGUGUGUUUGGCUUUUACCGUCCCUAUGACGUUCCCCGUGAUGCUAUCGAUGCAUGUAGACCUUGCGAAUGUGAUCUGAGAGUGUCCACUGGAGACUGUGAAGAAGGAACUGGCCGUUGCUUCUGUCGUCCGGAAUAUACUGGACUUAACUGUGACAGGUGCAACAUAGGUUAUUAUGGUUACCCAAACUGCAUCCCUUGUGACUGCCACAUUAAAGGCACAGAAGAUGGCAUCUGCACAGUUGCCACUGGAAUCUGUCCUUGCAAAGUCAACUAUGAUGGGCGCAAAUGUGACAUGUGUGCACUUGGAUACUAUAACUUUCCUGAAUGCACAGAAUGUGAGUGCAAUCCUAUUGGUUCAGCUUCAACAAAAUGUGAUCUAGAGUCUGGACAAUGUGAAUGUCGCAGCAAUUAUGGCAGUCGAGACUGCGGAGCCUGUGCAGAUGGAUUUUUUCGUUAUCCCACUUGUGAAUACUGCAACUGUGAUCCUUCUGGAACAGUUGAUGAGAUUUGUGACAAACAGUUUGGUGAAUGCAUGUGCAAGCAGAACUACACUGGUGAACGAUGUGACAGAUGUGAACCAGGCUUCUAUGGAUAUCCCAGCUGCGAGGAGUGCAGAUGUGUAGAACCAGGAUCUCGCAGCAGUGUUUGUGCAGAAAGUGGUCAGUGUCAAUGCAAAGCCAACUUUGCUGGCCGCACUUGUGAUAGAUGUGCUGCUGGAUAUUACAGAUAUCCUGACUGCAUCCCCUGCCAGUGUGACCUUUAUGGUUCACUGAGUGUGUCAUGUGAACAAGUGACAGGACAAUGUAGCUGCCGAGAUAACUUUCAGGGCCAGAUGUGUGAUAAAUGCAAAGAAAACUUCUAUAACUACCCUAUGUGUGAAGUGUGUAAUUGUAACCCUAAUGGUGCUAAGGAGAUCCCAGGGUAUCCUCUGGGUGGCUGUGGUAUCAUCACUAUGGGGUUGUUGUGUGAGUGUAAGGAACAGGUUCAAGGUCGAAUCUGUGAUCAGUGCAAGCCUGGUUACUGGAACCUCAACAGGAACAACCCACAAGGCUGCGAAGCAUGCACCUGUUACAAGGCUGGCACUUUAACUGGCAGCACCGUAUGUGAUACUAUGACUGGUCAGUGCACCUGUAAGCCAGAUGUGGGAGGCCGAGACUGUGACCAAUGCCGUGAUGGGUUCUACAACCUGCAAGAAAAUAAUCCAUUUGGCUGCUCUAACUGUAUGUGCAACAUGGGAGGCUCUCAAUCCCCUGUGUGCAACAAAAUGACUGGUCAGUGUAGAUGCAGGCCCCGUGUCACAGGACAAAAAUGUGACCAACCAAUCAAGUCACACUUCUAUCCAGAUCUUCAUCAGCUCAAGCUUGAGAUUGAAGAUGGUGUGACCCCUGAGGGCGCACAAAUACGUUAUGGUUAUGAUGAAUAUAUUUUCCCAGGCUACUCAUGGAGAGGCUAUGCAAUUCUCACAAAUGUUCAAUCUGAAGUUCUGCUGGAUGUGAACAUCCGCAUCCCAAGUCUGUACCAGAUCAUCUAUCAUUAUGUCAGCCGAAAUGACAAUCCAAUCCGUGGAGACAUUACACUGACUCCAGAUUCUCCUACUGAUGUGGCUCAACAUGGUGAAAUAAUUUUCCUACCAACAUUUGAUCCUAAGUUUGCCAAAGUCACAUCUGGUGGUGUGUCAUCAUUUGUGCUGAAUCCUGGUCGUUGGACUGUCUCAACCAAAGUCCCAAAUAUUGCUUUCUUGGACUACUUUGUGUUAAUCCCACAAGACUACUACGAAGCUAGUGUUCUGCAGCAACGAGUCACCUCACCUUGCGAACUGCCUGGUGAUUCUGGCCCUUGCCUGCAUUAUCAAUACCCAGACCUGGAUGGCUUUUCCUCAGUAUCUGGCAUAAAUGGCUUCACCAUUGUUGACCAGCAGAGAAUACCUGUAGAAACAUACCCUGAUGUUAAUGUCACAGCUGAGUUGGGCAUUACCGGCUUAGCGCAUCUUAAACCAACACAGAGACGAUUCACAGUCAAUCUUUAUGUGCCCAAGUCUGACCAGUAUGUCUUGAUUUUGACCUAUUUGAACCCCACCAACCGCUCACAGCACCUUGAUGCUAACGUUGCUUCUCUGUCUGGAACUGACAAAGCCAAGCUAACUCUCCACAGCUGUCAGUACAGCACACUAUGUCGUCAAGUGUUCAAGACUGAAGAUAACAUGGUGGCUGUUUUUAACAUCACCACAGGCUAUGUCUCCAUCACCUUUGUGGGCUCAGAGGAUGUAGAUCUUGGCAUUGAUUCAGUGACAGCUAUACCAUAUGGUGAAUGGUCAUCAGAAUUUAUUCGUCCAAGAAUUAUAUGCAUACGCAUCAAUGGCAUCUGUAUCCCUUCAUCAUAUUCCCUGCCAGUUGGAACUGCCCGUGUUGAUUUUGAGCUGCCACCUAAUCUUGGACGCCAAACAGUUGAUAUUCCUGUCAACAUAGUUGACACCAGUGUCAAAUUGGUUCAACUGAAUGCAACAGAUCGUGACAUCCAAAUAUGCAGCACUGUUAACCGACCUGGUCGAUACAUAAUCCUAUUCCAAUACUUCCUGCCGACAGAAAUUGGGUUUGACAUUCCUGUCACUGUUUAUGUCAAUGGCCAGCCUGUUGAAGGUAUCUUCAAACCAAACUAUUGUCCGAGUAUAAGUGGCUGUCGUGGGGCUGUUCUUUUUAAUGACAACAACAUCAUCACUCUCAAUGAUGCAAACAUUUGCAUUGUUGUUAACAACACUGCUGGGGGAAGGAUCUGGCUGGAUUAUGCUCUCAUUGUACCAGCAGAACAGCAUGGAAGGGGUGAUUUGGAGUUGCUACCCAUUGACAAGUCAGGAGAUUUUCUGACCAUGUGUGUUAAUGAAGGAUUUGAGCUAAAAGAUGACUCCAGGUUUUGCCAGGACAGUGUUUUUACCCUGACUACUGAGUUCAAUAAAGGAGCAGUGCAGUGUGACUGCAAUGUUGAUGGAUCACUUAAUUUUAAUUGUCACUCUUUUGGUGGCCAGUGUCAAUGUCGUGACAAUGUCAUCGGUAGAACUUGCUCUGCAUGUCGUCCUGGUUAUUAUGGAUUCCCUCGCUGUAAACCGUGUAAUUGCCCAUUUGGCCUGUGUCAUGUCUUGACUGGAGAGUGUAUUUGUCCUCCUCGUGUGGAAGGAGACCACUGUGAUAGGUGUGAACCUGAGGCAUAUGGAUAUGAUCCGUUGGUUGGUUGUCAGGAAUGCAGAUGCAACCCUCGAGGAGUAGCAGGUGGAAAUCUCAACUGUGACCAGAUCACAGGGCAGUGCCAGUGUUUGCCCAAUGUUGGAGGUCGCAAGUGUGACACCUGUUUGCCAGGCUAUCACUCAUUCCCUUACUGCAGUGCCUGUGACUGUGACCCAGCUGGGACUGAAAAAGACAUUUGUAAUCAGGUUACCUCCCAGUGCUUGUGCAAGGCUGGAGUUGUGGGCUCUCGCUGUGACCAGUGUGCUGAUGGCAUGUUCCACUUAAGCAGCGAGAACCCCCGAGGCUGCACUUCCUGCUUCUGCUUUGGCACAACCACUCGUUGUGUCAGCACAUCCCUGAGGUGGGAUGAGGUGAACACAAUGGAUGAAUGGGAGAUAACCAACACGCUGGAUGGCUUUGUCAUAGAGGCAGGUAACACCAUUGCUGUGAAGGCCUUAAACAACAUUGUGGACAAUAACGAGGCAAUGUAUUGGGUGGCUCCUACUUUAUACCUGGGAAACAAGAUCAGCUCCUAUGGUGGGGACUUGUCCUACACUGUCCUGUUUACUUUGCCACGGGACCUGCCAGAAGGAGCUGUUGGACUUGUGAAACCUGACAUUAUUCUCAUGGGCAAUAACAUGACCAUUGUCCAUACAAAUCUUCAGCAGCCAGUGCCCAGUACCCCUCUUGACAUGACCAUCUCCUUGUUUGAGUACAACUUCCGCCAUGCUGGCAGUGGAGGUGUAGUUUCACGGGAGCAGUUCAUGAUGAUACUGUACAGCCUGAAAGCUCUCCACAUUCGUGCUUCAUAUUUCAGCCAGGUGGAUGAAGUCAGGCUCUCCGAUGUGAGGCUGCAGAUUGCAUCAGAAACUGGAGUGGGUGCCUAUGCUUUAUCUGUAGAACAAUGCGAGUGUCCAGCCAGCUACCAAGGGUACUCAUGCCAGAACUGUGCCCUUGGCCACUAUAGAUCACGCAGUACCCCUUACUUGGGCAUUUGUGUCAGGUGCAAUUGCAAUGGUCAUACUAAUGAGUGUGAUCCAGUCACAGGGAAAUGCUUUAACUGUGGUGGGAACACAGUUGGGCCAAACUGUGAGCAGUGCUUGCCUGGCUUCUUUGGUGACCCUACAAGGGGGGAUUGCCAGAUGUGCUCUUGUCCAUUGCCUGUAGCUUCUAACAACUUUGCUUCUUCCUGUGUACUGGCUAGUGAUGGUGUAGGGAACUACUGUCAAUGUUUUCCAGGAUACUAUGGCCGGUCAUGUGAGAGCUGUGGACCAGGUUAUUUUGGAAAUCCCAUGGAAAUUGGAAGUACUUGCAAUCCCUGCAGCUGCAGUGGCAACAUAGACACCACCAGGUUUGGCAGCUGUGACCGCUUUACUGGCCAGUGCCUCAAGUGUCUCAAUAAUACCGCUGGCACUCACUGUGAGGUGUGCAAAGACUGGUAUUGGGGUGAUGCUGUUCAAAGAAAGGAUUGUCAGGAAUGCUCUUGUGACCAGUGUGGGUCUAAUAGCUGUGACAAGCAGACUGGCUUUUGUGAGUGUAAGACCAACAUCGUGGGAAGUAGCUGUGAUCAAUGUGCUCCAUAUACAUGGGGAUUUAACUAUUGCCUGGGGUGCCGUUUGUGUGAAUGUGGGCUUGGAUCUGUGACUCCUCAGUGUGACCUACAAACUGGCCACUGUGAAUGUCAGCCAGGAGUUCAAGGUAGUAAGUGUGAUCAGUGUCAACAUGGUCAUUGGAACCUGGGGCCCAGUGGUUGUCAAGAAUGCAAUUGUCUGAGUGAUGGGGCAGUUGGCUGCGAUGACAAGACUGGAAGGUGCUUGUGUCUGCCUGGUGUUACUGGACUUACAUGUGACCGGUGUCUGGAUCGUUGGGUCCUUGUGCCAGGACAAGGCUGUCAAGAGUGUGAUUACUGCAUCCAUCUACUUCUGGAUGACAUGGAUAUUCUGAAUCGCAAUGUCAUCACUGUGCGACGGCAGCUGGCAGAUGUGUCGGUGGGUGUGGCUGCCUUCCAGAGGCUGGAGGAGUACAACAACUCUGUCUCCAUACUAAAGCCACGCAUUGCAGAGCUGUACAAGAUAGACCAGAAUGAAAUGCAGGAGACACUGAACCCCUUGAAACAAGGACUAGCCACUGUUGCUUCUUCUGCUGGAGAGACACUAGAUAUGGCAAACCAAGCCAAGGCACAAUCAGAGUUGAUCUUUCAGUCUGGCACAGUUCUCAGUACUGAAGCUUCCACAGCUGAGGCAAUGAUCCAUGAACAGUUCACAGUAGCAGAAAAUGCUGUGCAGUUUGUGAGGUCAGUCUUGGCUCAGAUUAUUGCCAGCAUUAAGGUGACCAACAUUGAGACUUACAUCACUGAGGCAGAGAGAAUCUUAACGGCUAUCCAAGCGCUUGACUUUGCCUCCAGCAAUGCCUCUGUUGUCCUUGAGUUGGAGAACACAAAGGCUGUGUUGAUGAAGAUAGCAGCCCUGGAGGCCCAAGCUAAAGCACAGUUUAACAUUACUGCUGGAACAGAGGAAAAUAUUGAAGAACUUAAUAAAAGAUUGUUUGACCUGCGUGACAAGGCAGAAACAGAAAUAUCAAUGGAAGCUCUGGACAACAUCCAGCGACUGAGGGCACAGAACUUGGAGACACUGCAGGGUUUGAAGGAAGGCAUUGAAAGUUUAGAUGGCGAAACCCAGACACUUUUGAAGGAUUCCGAAAUGCUGUUGGGCGAAGCUAGAGAAGCUCUUCAAAAUGCAACCAGUAACCUGCAGGAGCUAGGUGUAGAGUCCUCAAAGAUGCAAACAGCUGUCCAGGAAUUAUCAGUAGUUGUCGAGAAGCUGGAGACAGGGGUGAUGAAUGUAGAGCCCUUGGUCAGCCAGGCAUUCCUUCAUGCACAGAACCUGCAGGGGCAAGCAAUGGACUUGGACAAUCUCUAUAACAACACACGUGACCAGUCAGCUAAUGCUCUGACUGCCGCCCAGGCAUACCAGAAUAUUGGCAAGUUCAUCACUGCAGCCCACAACAAUUCUAAUGAGGCCAUUGAAGAUGCAGAGCGUGCGCUGAAUGAGUCAAGUGGCAGUGGGGAGAAGUCUGCAGAGUCUUUAAGAAAAAGCAGAGAUCUUCAGACAGAUGCUGAUGAGGCUUUUAGCAAGACAAGUGAAGCCCUUUACAAUGACAUUAACAACGCCAGGACCAUGAUAGAAGAGGUUUCUGGAGAAAAUGAGAAAGUCAUGAAACACAUCAAUGAGAUCAGGAAUGAACUGGAAGACCUGGAGAAAGGCACCCCCGAGAGUCUCAACCAGGCGGUGGUCAAUAGAUCAGAAGUGACAUCCAAUAAUCUAAAGGGAACAACUGAAAGAGUAGACCGCAUCAUUGCACUUUUGCCAGAGGACCAGCACAAGUUGGAAAGUAUCAAUCCUAACCGCACUUUUGCCAACCUUAAAAUGAAGUCCAUCGAAACCAACAUUGAGGAAGUGAAAAAUAACAGACCAGUGGUGGGAUCAUUGGUGCAGCCAUUAUUGACAAAUGCUUCAUGGCUUGUGGGUAUUGGAGAGAAGCUUGAACUGAAUGUGCAAGCUUUGAGACGGAAAAUAGAACUGGCUCAAGAGCAGGCUAACAGAAUACGUGUGGGCUUGAAAUUCUUGGGCAACACAACUGUGACAGCAAGAAAUCCACCCAAACUUUAUCAGGCUGGUUCUUUUAGUCGCCUAUCACUUUACUUCAAAACCACACAGUCAGAUGGCCUCAUUCUCUAUGUCGGUGGUGAGCAGCCUGUUGAAAACUUCCAGAAUGACUUCUUGUCUUUGGAGCUGGAGGGUGGUUUGUUGGUCUACAAGUACAACCUGGGCUCUGGCUUGGCACGCAUUGCCAGCCUAACACCAGUCAAUGAUGGACAGUGGCACCAAGCCAUUGCAGAACGCACUGGCAAAACAGGGACCCUGACUAUCCGCACAGACAGGCAGGAGGAUCAGAAAGUGGAGGGAACUUCAGAGGGAACAUUUGCUGUGCUGGAACUGAAUCCAGCCACCACAAAGUUCUAUUUGGGUGGUGUGCCUUCUGAUGUGGAGUUGCCUGUGACAACAACCUUCUUUCAAGGUUCUCUUGAAGAUAUUAAAUUUGAUGAUGACCCUGUUGGACUGUGGAACUUUGUGGAUGCUGAAAAUAAUUUGAGAGGAGAACUAGCAAGAGAUGUGAUGAAAGAGAUUGUAAGUAAUGGCAUGCGCUUCAAUGGCAUGGGCUAUGUGGUGCUGAAUCGCGACCAACUUGGUCUACGGUCAAGAAAAUCGGAAAUCCAGCUGCAGUUUCAGACAUACUCCGAGAGUGGCCUGCUUGUUUAUAUGGGAGACUACAAACGUGAUUUUCUAUCCAUUGAGCUUAAGGAGGGACGUGUGGUGUUCCAGUAUGACCUGGGUGGGGGCUCAGUGGCAUUGUCCUCAGCAGACAAGUACAAUGAUGGGCAAUGGCAUUCUGUCACUGUUGUCCGCCAGAACCAGCAAGGCUUGUUGAGGAUGGAUGAGAAGGAAGUUGACCGAAAGUCCUCAUCAGGUUCCCUGGUAGACCUGUCAACAACACAAGACAUCUUUAUUGGAGGCUUUGACCAAGUAUUAGUUCCUUCAGUCAAUGUGGGCAGCCAUGGAUUUGAUGGAUGUAUUCAAAAUGUUGUGUUUGGCAAUUUGCCCUGGGAUCUUAAUGAGAACCUGCGUGCGAAGGGAGUUUUGCGGGGCUGCCCAGCCAAGGUGGCUCGUAUUGCAACGUAUCAUGAAGCUCGUCCUGAUCGCUUCAUGGCUGUGGAUUUAGAGGGUGGAGUUGGUUCUGAGUUUAAUAUUACAUUCAAGAUGCGGACCAGGCAGAGCCAAGCUCUUCUGCUGUAUAUUGCUGAUGAACCACAGAACGGUGUCUUUAGUGUGAGUGUGGUGGAUGGCAAGAUUGUGGUUAGAAGUUUGCCAGCAGGGGAAACAAUGGAUCUUGUGAGUCGUGUCAACACCUACAAUGAUGGUAACUGGCACUAUGUCUCCAUCAUGAAGGUGCAACUAGAAUUAACAAUGAAUAUUGAUGACUCUGAGAUGCUGAGCUUAACGGCAUCAGGAAGUCCUUCCCUGCUAACUACAACACCCAUCUACUUGGGUGGAGUGCCCAAUGACUAUAGCAUCAAGAGUGGGGCUGCACCAACCACUGAGCAUCUGAUUGGUUGCAUAGGGGAUGUCACUGUCAAUGAGAAGUUUGUAAACUUUGCAAACAUCAUGGAUGCUCAUCGCAUGGGUGUGUCCCUGGUGGAGUGUUCCAUCAAGUCUGAUAAGGAACUAAAAGAAGAACAAGAAGCACAAGUAUCUGUGGUAACACCAGCAUCGCCAACUGAUGAAGAGGGAACCCCUGCACUGAUGGAAACAACAACAACAACGCCUCUUUAUCAGUGUGCAUUGCCACUGGAACCAAGCAUAGCUGAAGAUGCUGAAGUUAGCGGGGUGCGCUUUGGGUUAACAAGUAAUAGCCGUCAAGAGUAUCCAGUACAACAAGCUCGCAUUCGCAUUAGGUCUGCAUUUUCUGUGGAAUUCAAAACAACAGGAAGAAAUGGACUGAUCUUUUAUGUGGCAGAUGCUAAACAUAUUGAUUUUAUUGGGCUAUAUAUGAAAGAGGGGAGAAUUACAUAUAGCUUUAACUGUGGCAGUGGCACAGGAACGCUGAGUAGUACAGAAACAUACAAUGAUGGCCAGUGGCACAAGGCUAUUUUUGCUCGCAACCAGAGACAGGGCACCCUAGAAAUAGACGGAAACAUUGUAGCAAGAGGGGAAUCACCUGGUAAUACCAGGUCUAUCAAUGUCGUGUCGCCCUACUUCAUUGGAGGUCUGUCAGAGACAGUGGCCAAGGCAGCACUUGAUAAUGUUGGGGCUGGUGUUGUCAGUUUCCCAGGCUGCAUACGCAAUGUACGUGUGCAUGAUGAUGAGUUUGGCACACCAAUAAAAGAGACAAAUACCACACCAUGUUCAGCAGCCUAUGAGACUGGCACUUUCUUCUCAAGUUCUGGAGGAUAUGUGCAACAAUUUGACCUAUUCAAAGUUGGUCGCGACAUGGAGAUAAAAAUGGAUGUGCGGCCACGAUCAUCAAGUGGAGUUCUGCUUGCAGUGCAUGGCCCAAUGGACUAUGUCAUCCUGCAGCUUGUGGAGGGCAAGGUAAUCCUGUCUGCAGACAAUGGUGCUGGGCUCAUGACAACAGUGUUCACACCUCCUGCAGUAAACAGCCUUUGUGAUGGCAACUGGCAUAAAAUAGAAGCCAACAAGAACAAGAAUGUGGUGACACUCCUCGUAGACGGAGUACAGGCUCCAGAACCAGGCAUUGGCUCUGCAAAGGUGACUGCAGCAGACACCAAUGACCCACUUUACAUAGGUGGUCUCCCAGACAAAGGUGCCAAGGGUGUGCUCACUAAUGAGACAUUUGUGGGAUGUAUACGCAAUCUUCACCUGAAUGAUCGUCUGCAAUACCUAGCAUCAGGCAUUUCUACUGGAGACGUACGCCAUGGCUAUUGCCCUAUUGCCUGACCUGACACAACGUUGAUCCUAGUUGUUUAACCAUAGUUUUACAACAGAUCAUUUAUCUUGACUGCUCAGUUCUUUACUUCUACACCACAAAAUGAUUUAAAAUAAUGUUCUUUUAAUGUUAACAAGAAACAUUGUUGAUAAAAUCUCAUAAAAACAUGAUGGACAGUUUAAAUCAGGAAGGUUUUGUUUGGUUUAGCAAUAGUCACUCUGCUUAAUGACUGAACAUCUCCCUGACACACAAACUUUCCCUCACAAGUUAGGUUGUCUUUAGCAGGUGCAGAACAUUUGCACAUUGUUUCCAAAGGAUAAAUAAAACAUUUAAUGAAAUUAGAUGAUGAUGAUUAAAGGCUCUCUUUAUUCAAAUGGCUGAAAUACUCAUUUGAUCCAUUUUAAUGUUCAAUGUUUAAUGUUGUUUAAUUCUAACUUUUUCUAAUGAUAUUAGUGUUGUGCCUACUAAAAGCAUGCUAACAGAAUCAUUGCUGUUUUGUGAAUAACUGAUUAUGUUAUUGUAGAUUAGUUUAACUGCUAAAGACCUUGGUAUUUUACUAUGGGCUUUAUUCCAAUAUAUGGCCCUCAAUGAAUUCACUGCCUUUCAAUGAUAAAAGUGCAUCUAGUCAAAAACUGGGCCUAACUUUACAAUUAUUGUUUUUACAAUAAAGCAACUGCAUUUUUAUAUUA